UACUACUACAAAAUAAAAUAAACAUAGCAUUUCUUUUCAUUACACAAAAUAUUCAUUCAUUCAUUCAAAGUUUUCCGGCGAAUAUUCGCCGGAAAAAAAUGAAACGAAGAGGAAAGAAGAAUGUUUUGAGACACAGAGAUGGUGAAGGAGUUGAUUCAACAGAUCAAGUAAAUAAUAUAAUUACUAGAAAAAAUCAUGAUGAUCAAGAAUUAUUGGAUACAAGAAAAAAAUUGGUGAAAUAUGAAGCAUUACCUGAAUAUCUUCAGGAUAAUGAAUUUAUAAGAGAUUAUUAUCGUUGUGAAUGGCCUUUGAAGGAUAUUGUUCUUAGCUUGUUUUCAUGGCACAAUGAGACACUCAAUAUUUGGACGCAUUUGGGAGGAUUUGUAAUAUUUGUGACAUUGACGGUGAUGAGCUUAACGGAGAAGACAACAACAGUGGAGAAUUUGUUUGCUGGCGUAUUUAGAACGACAGGUGAUGGACAGUGGAUGAAUAUGAAGAAAAAUGGCUCAGCUGAUUUUUUUCUGGAUUCUUAUGCCAGGCAGAUGUCAAAUCCAUCAUUGCUAGACAUAAAUGGAGAUGGUUAUGAAGUUGCUAUAUGGCCUUGGUUUAUUUUCUUAGGAGGAGCUAUGUGUUGUUUGAUUUUCAGCACUCUUUCCCACUUAUUUGCUUGUCACUCACUUAGAUAUAACCUCUUUUUCUGGAGACUAGAUUAUGCUGGCAUUUCACUCAUGAUAGUCUGUUCUUUCUUUUGCCCCAUUUACUAUAUCUUCUGUAAUCAACCAUACUGGUGUCUCUUUUACCUAUCCACCAUUACUAUAUUUGGUGUACUUGCCAUUAUCACCCUCCUUUCACCGGCUCUCUCCUCCGGUCGUUUUCGUUCCUUUAGGGCUACUCUCUUUCUUGCUAUGGGUUUCUCAGGACUUAUCCCAGCUACACAUGCACUUUUCCUACACUUUGGUCAUCCACAAGUACUUGUGGCUCUAGGGUAUGAGAUAAUCAUGGGGAUUUUGUAUGCUAUCGGAGCGGUAUUUUACAUGACAAGAUUUCCAGAGAGAUGCAAACCUGGUGCAUUUGACCUUGUAGGACACAGCCAUCAAAUCUUCCAUGCGUUCGUCGUUGCAGCAGCACUUGUGCAUUGUGUUGCUUCCCUCCUUAUUAUGGAUUGGCGACGAGGAUGGCCACCCUGCAAUGCAGGUACUCUCGGGUAGACAUGGCUGCAAAGGGGAUUGAAACUUCAACAUUCUUUUUACACAAUUAGGAGUUAGGUUAAUGCUUGCACUCCAGCAUUUGUACAUAAUAAUUUUUGUACCUUGUGAUGUUAUUGGAAGUUUCAAUGACCCAUUAUUCCCUUGAUUCUCUUGAAGUGUUUAAAUCCAUGAGAUGAAGUUCAGGUUUACAGAUUUAUCACUUAUUAUCUUCUCAAACUCUUGAGAGGGAGCCUUGGAGCAACGGU